GGAGGGCAUCGCAGUGGCUGCGUUCACACAACCGGGGAAACCAGGACGUUUGAGCGCUACCGUUGUCCUUUUGUGGGCAACGUCUCCCUAGGAUCCUUCCCUCCCUCCAGAAACCCUGGAAAACACCAAGGAAGCAGCUCCAUUUUCUCUCUUCUUCACGGACCCGGACGGGGCGGAGAAUUUUAGCAGAAUUGGAUUUCUUUGCGGAUCUGGACGGGGCCCGAACUGGAGCAACGGCUGAGCGCCUUGUCCUUGGGGAACGGCAGGUGUCUUCGGUUGGUGGCGCACGGUAGCGCCUGGUUGGAGGGCAAUGCAGCUCUACCGGGCGCCCCUCUUGCUCUGGGGAGCUGUGCUGGGGUCCUUCCUGCCGGGCGGCCUUUGCGGCCCUCCCUCACACUCCCUGAGCUACUUCUACCUGUAUCUGCCAGAGCCCAAGCAGGGGCUUCAUCAGUUCUUCAUUAGGGGCUACUUGGAUGACCAGCCCGUUGCUCGCUUUGACAACCUCACCAGAAAGAUGGAGCCUCUGGUGCCCUGGAUGGAGGAGGUGGAGAAGGAGAGAUUCCUGGCCCCUGAGUCGGUCUUCGGGGAUAACCUGAAGGAGAUAUUAAAACAGGACCACCAUGCUGGAGGGCUUCACACCUGGCAGGCAGUUUUGGGCUGUGAGAGGAUGAACAAUGGGAGCAAAAGAGGGUUUUUCUACUAUGGCUACGAUGGGAUGUACUUCAUCAGUUUCGAUAUGGAGACCCUUACCUGGGUGGUAGCUCAGCCCCAGGCCCAGAAGUUCAAGGAGAAGUGGGAGAAGCAUCCAGAAUGGUCCGAGAGCAAUAAAAUCUUCCUGAAUGAGACCUGCAUUGAGGGACUGAACAGAUACCUGUCCUACAAGAACAAUACUCUGCAGAGGACAGGUGAGUGGCAAAGGGGGUCUCCAUUGAGCAUGUUUCUGUCACCUCCCCUCCUCUUAUUGUUUCUAUCCUUAUCAUCCAAGACACCUUUUUAA